AUGGUUUACAAAAUUCUUGGGAGUGGCUUUGCAUCACGUGUAGACUCACCAAUGCCGAGGAUUGGUAAGUCUUCAAUGUGGAGAAAGGAAGUGGUGAAAACUGAUGCACCAAAGUUGAACUGGACGCUGCUUUGGCAUUCAAAAGUGGUUGAUCCUCUUUCGUCAGUGAAAGAAUUCUGGAAAUCUGAAAUCUUGUUAAUAAUCCUAAAUAAACCGUGGGCAGUACUUAAACUGAAAUCUGAUCCAAACAGUAAACAGUUCCCACCGAUCUGCAAGAUCGUAAACUUGGAAAAACGUAAUCCUAGAUUCAGUUUAUCCAACAGACAUGCAACCAUUAUGUCAUUAUGUGACUGUUUUUCCUGUUAUUUCCGCCUGCAUUUCUGGUUCUUGGUCAGCGGAGAAUUUGCUGGCAUGGCUGAAGGUGGUGGUAGACAAACUAUUAGUCAUCAACGAGAAGUUGCAAAUGCUUUUCGAACUCCAGUAACUACAAUUGAUGAAGGAGAAAUGUUAUAUUUACAAGUUUGUCCCAAAUGA